CCGCUUUGCCUACAAAUAUAUACUUAGAUAUGUAUCAACUAUCAACAGAUAGAAUGAAUGAAUGCCUGUGGCCAAAUUAGGAUUGAUUGCAAAACUUGAACUCUUCACAAUUAGAGUCUGGUGAAGUGCAAUGUCUGCAGUUUUUCUUGUUGGAGACAUUGGAGGUACAAACUCACGUUUUUCACUGUUUGAAGUAAGCGGAGUUGAAGACGACAUUCGAAAGCAUCACGCCUUGUACUCGGAAAACUUUAAGAAUGAAGGUUUUGAUCACUUUGCUGCCGUAGUGACGCAAUUUCUCAACGAAGCAAGCAAAGUUCUGGGCAGACAUGUAAGACCUACAAGUGCUUGUUUUGCAGUAGCGGGACCAGUAACUAAUGAUAGAGUCAGUUUCACUAAUCGGAACGCCUGGAUAAUAGAUGGUAGGGAACUGGAACUGUCUUUGGAUAUUCCCGCAGUAGUACUCGUUAAUGAUUUUCAAGCAAACGGUUAUGGAGUUCUUACUUUAAAAGAAGAAGAAUAUUGCGUAAUUCAGGAAGCUUCUCCAAACUAUAGCGCUCCUAUUGCCUGCAUUGGUGCUGGAACUGGAUUAGGGGAAUGUUUCUUAACACCUUCUGCAGGAAGAUAUGAAGCUUGGCCUAGCGAAGGAGGCCACGUUGAGUUUGCUCCUCUCUCAGAUCUUCAUAGUGAACUCUUGACUUUUCUUACGAAAAAGUUCAACUCCAAUCGCGUGUCUGUUGAGCGAGUUGUAAGUGGCAAGGGAUUGGAAAACAUCUACGAGUUUCUACGGGAAAAGUUUCCGGAAGAUAUUAAUCCGAUACAUGAUGAGAGAAUUCUAAAGGCUGUAGAGGGUGCAAGAUUAAUAGGAUCACUUGUGUACGAUGACAAACUUUGUGGAAUGGCAAUGGAGAUCAUGUUCGAAUUGUAUGGCUCAGAAGUGGGUAAUGUAGCUUUAAAGUAUCUUCCCUAUGGGGGUAUAUAUAUAUGUGGUGGUAUUGCUCCAAAGAAUAUAGAGAGGUUGAGGGAUUUGAACUGCAAUUUUAUGAAAUCUUUUAAAAAUAAGGGUAGAGUUAGUCCACAGCUGGCUCGGAUUCCAGUUUAUGUUGUCCUAGUGGAAGACUUAGGUCUUCGGGGUGCUCAUUUAGUUGCUUAUCGUCUUUGGCGGGAUGGAAAGACUUCGAUGGAAGACGAGGUAAAACCGGGUAGUUUAGAUAGUAUGCUAUUUUUCUCUUCUCAAGGCCGUCAGAAAACUGUUCAAUGGUUUAAUUAUGCUCUAGCAUGCUCUUGUGGUGCAGCUGUUGCAUCUUCGUUAUUAUAUUUAUUGCACCGAUUUAGCUAUUCAAAAGGUUAGUCCAGAUGGAGAAUAAAAUGAAACGCUUUGAA